CUCUCACCAGCAGUUUUCCUUCGCUCGGAGGAGUUGCAGUUUCCAUCUCUUCCGUUUUUGGGCCUUUUUCAAUCUUCCAAUUCUUUUGCUCUUCUUCGGGAUUUUGUUUUUCAGUUGAUGGAGUUGGAGCAGGUCUCUAGCUGUUGUUCUUCGUCUUCUCCGUCUCCGUCAUCGUCGGCGGCAUCGGAUUCGUCGCCGUUGGGGGAGGGCGCGGCGGACCGUACGGAGCUGGAGGCGGCGGAAGCAUUGGCGGAUUUGGCGCAGCUUGCGUUAGUGCGGGAGAAGGUCGUUGAGUCCGCCGCAAAAUGGGGGAGAAAGGGGAAACGAGUGAGGAAGCGAGUAAAGAAUGAGUCUCCCCCCUGUAACCCGGUGUUGAAACCGGCUGAUUCGGAACCACCUGCUUCGGAUCCCGCCGAGUUUGCAGAGUGCAUUGAACCACUGGUGAUAAGCAAUGCACUGGGAAAUAUCAAUGAGAAGCUUGGUUCCUUGGAAUCCGUAACGCUGUUUCUGUAUCAGGAACGAGCAGUCAAAGAAGAACAAGAAGCACAAGCGAUUGGUAGAGAUCUAACAAUAGUUCCAGUCAAAACUGAAGUAGAUGAAGAGACACCGAAACAACUUCUUGCCUCGACCCUAAAAUGUAGAUCAUCUGGAGGUGGCAGAUGGAGACAGAAUUUGAGUGAGGCUGAAAAAGAAGAACGGAGAAUACGAAGAAUAUUAGCAAACAGAGAAUCAGCUAGGCAGACCAUUCGAAGAAGGCAGGCAUUGUGCGAGGAGUUGAACAGAAAAGCAUCAGAUCUGUCAUAUGAGAAUGCACAACUAAAGAGGGAAAAGGAUUGGGCAUUGAAAGAGUUUCAGUCUUUGGAGAUGAUUAACAAGCAUCUAAAGGAACAGUUAUCGAGGUCAAUAAAACCCGAGGCAAAAGAACAUGAUGAAGCCCCGAAGGCAUCACAAGUCGAGACAGCUGCCUCCGCUCCAUUUUGUUGCUACAACCAGCAUCCUUUCCAACUAUUCUGCUGGUCUCCUGUCAUUCAAUCAUCGAGUUCUGCAGCAUUACCACAAAAUGGCCUCACAGUCCCAUCCAUGAUUUCUGCACGAGCUUCUACAAAAGUCGAGCCAUCCAAGGAGCAGGAAAAGCCUGGAAAUGAUGACGGGAUGAAACCUCCUUUCUACAUUGUACCAUGUCCUUGGUUUCUUCCUCCUCCUGGUCAGACUAAUGGAGUUCAGACCGUUGUCCCGUACGAGUUGGAAAACAUACAAGAAGGUUGUUCUUUAAGACAUGUAGACAACAUCCAAAGCUUGCCGUCUCGUUUACCGUCUAUAACUAAAGAAGGGGAUUCAACUAGAGGCUUUUAUGAUCUCAACAAGUCAGCUCCCGAUAUCCCCGCUGAAGGGGAACCGUCCUUUUUCUUCAAGCACGAAGAAGCUUCUCAACCGGCUAAUGGUCCUGCAUUGAUCUCGCUACCCGAGGAAAGCCGAGGAUAUGUCGGGUACUCGUCGAGUAAGCGAUUGGUAGACUCUGUGGCUGCGGCUGAUGCCAGGAAGCGGCGGAAAGAGCUUACAAGGCUUAAGAAUCUCCAUAGCCGUCAAUGUCGGAUGCAGGUAUGAAUAAUACUGAGGCACUUCACCACCUCUUCUUCCUCAUUUUUUCCGGCUUUAGUCACCAUCCCUAAAGAAUCAAGAGCCAUAGCUUUUUCUAAGGAGAAUCAUAUACAUGUUCGAAAUAGUGUUUUCGCUCUUUCGUACUUGCGUUUUUGCCAAUGCGCGGCCGAGAAUUUUGUAGCCGGGCCAGAGGGAAAUGUUAGGGUUAAUCCCAAGGAAUAGGGCGGAAUCAGAAGUUAUUGAGUUUUGUUUUAGGGUUAAAAGCCCCUUUUGUUGGAUCAAUUACGGAUGCUGUUUUGCUCUUUGGAGUUUGGCUUCAGCUUUGAUCUGUUCUGUCUUUACGAUCUGUUUCUCCCAAUGUUUUCUGUAGCUUCAGAUUUUGUAUCCUAUUUGAUGGCAAUAAUCAAAUUGUGCUACAUCAUGAUACAUACACAUAUACAUACACAUGCACAUACACACA